AUGCUAGUCCAAAGAGGAAACGACAAGGGACAGACAGAACGCAGGAUCUGUGAUGGAUAUGGAGGUGGUGAGGGCGAUGGCAAGACCAGGACGAGAAGUCAGGACAAGGGGUGCGAGGUCCUUCUGAUCAAUACGACCGGCGAGGAGCUAAAGAAGCGCAGAGACUCUAUCAGCACUGUGAAUACCGAUAGUGGUUCGCAUCUGGAUGCCGGCGAUAUCGACCCUGAUGGGCAUCGGAAGCCACUCAAAGCUCGCGUGAGGCAACUACGCGUUCCGCCUUUACUGACACUUUCAACGCUGAGCCAGAACCUUGUUGUCCCUCCUCAUAGCCCUCAAGCAAAGCUGUAG